AUGGUUUUAAUUGAUUUGGAGCAAUAUGAACAAAUAACAUUUCCUGAUUUAAACAUAUUACAAAAUAGUGUUGAAGAAGUAUUGGUAGCUUUUCGAUGUUUAAAGGACGAACAACAGUUAUUGAAUGAAUUAAGUGGUGAAUUUAAUAAAUUGAUUUACGAAAGAGCCAGAGAAUCAUUGAAAAUGUCAAUUAUUGAUGAUUUAUUACAAACAUUAACAUUGUUAGAAGAUAUGGCAAAAAAUAGAGAAAGAGAUUUAGAUAAAUUGGAGACAAAUUUUACCGAUUUUAUAAAUUCUUUAUCUUCUACUAGUAGUCGUGUACAAGAACAACAUGAUCGAAAUCAUUUAGAAUAUCAAACUGAAAUUUUUCAAAAAGUAUUCAACUCAUCACUGGAUUUUAUCAAAUAUAAUCAAUUGAAACAUGAAAGAUUGAUAACAAAUAAAAUAAAGAAAUACAAAAAAGUAAUUUCGAUAAAAUUACCGGUAAUUUUAUUGAAUUUGAAAAUAUCAAAACAAUUUUGGAAAAUACAAUUAAGCAUUCUUCAAUCACAUAUUUAUAUAUUGAAACCAUUGGUGGUGGAUGAUAAUAAUGACUACAAUAAUGGUAUAGAAAAGAAGAAAAGGAUACUUAAAUUAUCAAAUGAUUUUGUAGUUGAUGGGAUUAUAGAGAAAUGGGCAGAAGAACAAAAAUCUUGCAAAGAAUGUUGUCAGAUACUGAAUGAUAGUGUCGCUAGAAAUAUUUUACUUGUUUUGUAA